AUGGAAACUUCCACAUCGACCGGAGCCGAUUCCCACGUUUCGGAACAAAUAUUUGAAUUCCUCGUGACCGAGUUGACUCACUACUCGCGGGCACACUGUGCGCCGGCGUCAGACAGUCAGCGCGACGAGGAAGAGGCUUUGGCUAUGGCAUCGGAAAUGGUUCAAGCGAAAGUUGAGAGAAUGGGAUAUUCCGUUGGCUACCGUAUCACAGAACGGCUCGCCCUCAACAAGACCUGGAACGUUGCACCCAAUCAAGAUACUGCCGUUGCUGUUGCAUCACAGCAGUUGGAAGCCGUCAAAUUUCUGUGUAAAGACGUAUGGCUAGAGUUGUUUGCCAAACAAAUCGAUAAACUUCAAACAAAUCACCGCGGGGUGUUUGUUUUGAAGGACUUGUCCCUGAAAUGGAUGUUGAGGUUUCCAGUCGGUGCCGAAGAUUCGCGUAUUAUGGCUCAGCAGCUACUGUCAUACCCUUGUGGGAUCAUUCGGGGUUGUUUAUCAAACUUGGGAAUUCCAGCUGUGGUAUCGUGUGACUUUUUAGCUGAUGGACAAAGCAUGGCAGCGUGCUCCUUCAACAUCAAAGUGAAAUGACGCACUCAAAUUUUGCAUCUAGUACGGAAAGCUGCUCUCCACUGGGACGAG